GUGUGUGUAAUGUCAGCUGACUAGCAGCAUCUCCUACAGCCUUCACAACACUGCGCGCUGCCCGCUGACAGCUAGCUUAGCAGCCCCCCCUUAGCCGAGGAGGCUCUGCUGUCGGACCGGGCUGGGGUUAUGUUUCCCGGAGACGAAGGUUUGUGCACCACCAACAACAACCCAUGGCGGCCGAAAUUCAGCCUCAAGCGCAGGCUCGGAAGCCGUGUCUGCUGAGCAAAAUCGAGGCUUUCCAAGAUGUUGUUAGCACGGCGGUCAUCAUCCCCAAGGAAGACGGUGUUAUCAGCGUGUCCGAGGACAGGACGAUUCGAGUAUGGCUGAAGAGAGACAGCGGUCAGUACUGGCCCAGUGUCUACCAUACAAUGACAUCGCAGUGCUCCUGUAUGUCCUUUAACCCCGAGACCAGGAGGCUGUCUGUGGGGAUGGAUACUGGCAGCAUCUGUGAGUUCAUCCUGUCAGAAGACUACAACAAGAUGACCCCAGCAAACACUUACCAGGCCCAUCAAGGCAGAGUGACUGUGGUGCUGUUUGUGUUGGAGAUGGAGUGGCUUCUGAGCACCGGCCAGGACAAAAACUUCACCUGGCACUGCUCAGAGAGCGGUCAGCAGCUGGGAACGUACCGCACCGCCGCCUGGGUUUCAGGACUACAAUUUGAUGUCGAGACCAGACACGCCUUUGUCGGGGACCAGUCCGGCCAGGUGACCAUCCUGAAACUGGAGCAGGACAGCUGCAGCCUGGUCACCACAUUCAAGGGACACACGGGUAAUGUGACGGCUCUGUGUUGGGACCCGGUCCAGAGGGUUCUGUUCUCCGGCAGCUCGGAUCACUCCAUCAUCAUGUGGGACAUCGGAGGACGCAAAGGCACCGCCAUCGAGAUGCAGGGACACAAUGAAAAGGUUCAGGGCUUGUGCUAUGCCUCACACACUCGUCAGCUCAUCUCCUGCAGCUCAGAUGGAGGCAUCGUCAUCUGGAACAUGGACGUAACCCGUCAAGAGACUCCCGAGUGGUUGGACAGUGACUCGUGUCAGAAGUGUGAGCAGCCGUUCUUCUGGAACUUCAAACAGAUGUGGGACAGCAAGAAGAUCGGCCUACGACAGCACCACUGCAGGAAGUGCGGCCAGGCGGUAUGCGGCAAAUGUUCGUCCAAACGCUCCACCAUCCCCCUCAUGGGCUUCGAGUUCGAGGUGCGUGUGUGUGACAGCUGCCACGAGUCCAUCACCGACGAGGACCGGGCGCCCACGGCCACCUUCCACGACAGCAAGCACAGCAUUGUUUACAUGCACUAUGAGCCCACCACGGGGAAUCUGCUCACCUCUGGCACUGACAAAGUUAUCAAGCUCUGGGACAUGACUCCUGUGGUGUCCUGAGGUCUGUGGACGACCGGCCAUCAGCAGGAAGCGCUGUUGACCAAACUGUGAUUUGUUUUGGAGGCAGCAGCAGCCACACUUUGAGGAAGAAAGAGGGAAUCUUGUCCAACGGUAUCGAUGUCAUCUGGAUAAUAUUUAACUGUUAUUGAACAACAAGCAGCGGCUGUUAGACGUUCACAGCGAGGACACUGCAGGCCAGUGGAGCCUGGGAACAGGAAGGACCUGGGUGGACACGUGGUUACAGACGGUCGUGAGUGUUUUUUUGUGUGAUGGCUGCUGUUGGGUGAGGGAUAUCUGGAUGUGUUUUUUUGUGUGUUUCCUGUGAGUGAGUGUUUGGGAUGGGUUUGACACACUUUAUUUUCUUAAUUUUCAUGCAUUCCUGCUGAUUUCAUUCUGGAGAAUCAUGAGAGAGUGAGUGAAACAUUUCUGCACUGUGUGAGUCGGUACCGUUAAACCCGGACGUGUUUUAGAUGUGAAGCAUUUAAAGAAACUUCUACAUUACUCACAAACUCAAAAUCACUCACAUUAAGCAAUUCUUCAAUUUUCCACAGAUAAAAUACAUUUAAUCUCUACUUCUGCACACCUGCACCACCUACAGGAAAGUCAAGUAACUGCAGCAGCAGUUUAGAUAUAAAAAUGUUGACGUCGCCCCCCUACAGGCAAAUCAUUAAUUCAGUGACUAGCUUAAUUUUCUUUGCAUUGUUUUAUGUUUAAAAUUCUAAACGUGACCAACUGUUUGUUAAAUUAACAAGUAAAAGUGUGAUGCCAAAGUGUCACCGCUACAUUUCACUUUUGUAAUGCAGAACACCGACGUGGUAAAUGAGUCUAAUCUCAGUCUAUUUACUUUUGUAUUCUAAAACAUUUUAUGUAGCUGUCCUAAAACUGCUCAAAAUAAUGAAAAGUUUAAACAAUGAAAGUUGUCUGAUGUCCACGCUAAGAUGCUUCCAGUAAAAAAAAAUAAACAUUCCUGCUGAUUUCGAGGUUGAAGGCAGGGUUGGUAAUUUUUGAAAACUAGCAUGAUUUUGAAAGUAGAAUUCCCUCAGUGCUCUGUCAAACACCCACCCCCUCCCCUCUGUGCUCGCUCAAAAGCCACGCCCCUCACUUACAUGCGCAAGCGCUGUUGCACAAGAGAAGCGGACCUCAGCUCAUCGCUUGAAUUGUGUAGAAACUAUGUCAUCUCCUGUCUCAUUCAGCGGUACGUCAACACUAAACUUUAUCAUAAUACAUGUUUUUUUUUAAAAAGCGACUAUUUACCGUAAUUACUCACAACGGCCAAUGACAAACUCACGAUAAACUCCGUCAUCGGUGACUCGCUUUGAGUGUGGGCUAGUGCACUCAAGAUGUAGAUAACGAGCAGGGAGACAGGGAGGCGUGUGAUUGGUUCAUCAGAUUGGUACCUCGUGGCAGACAUUGGUCAAAGUUUUUACAGGCUUACACCGGCUACAGAUGACGGAUUUUCUCCGUUCCUUUUUCAGAGAACAUGAGUUAUUAAUUUCUGUCAGGACCUAAAGACAGUUUCAACCAAAAUCUUAAAAAGUGGAUCUGGAGAAAAAUUACCAACCCUGGCUUAAAGAAUGAGCACUUCAUGCUAACAGUCUGAUCAUCCUUUUAAUCUACUGUUAGUUUUUCUCCCUCCUUUUUGAUUUCCCAUAAAGUAAAGUCACUGUUUCCUUUGGACAAAGACAAUCUAGAUUAGGACAAUUCAUGAGCGUAAGAGGAGGGAUAUUUAUUAUACAUGUUUGUAAUGUCAAGUUUAAACCCUAUCAACAAACACUACAGAAGUUUUGUUAAAGUACUGUCAUUUGUGACUCAUUGUCUGAAGGUGGCGGGGGUGUCAACACUGUGCAUGCUGUUGCAUGGCCUUGCCUGAAGUUGGUGCUGGUGAGCAGAUCUACAGUUUAUCUGCAGCUCCUGAAGCGUUUGUCUCUUUGCUAACGGGCGGAACAGGUUGGACUGAAACUGUAUGAUACACGCUAAUUCUGUUUACGGGUUCAUAAAUAUCACUCACGAUGUUUUGUCCUCUUUCUCAUGUUAGAGGAUUAAGGAAAUCAUAUCGUUCUACUUUCUGAACUCAUCAUAUGAUAUUAGAUGCAUUUUAUUUGCCACAGUGCUUUACCAUCUAGCUCUGAGGAAACUGUUCAUAUGAGUCCAUGGAUUUGAUCAAAUUAGCCGUUUGGGCUGCUGUACAUCCUGUCCUCUCUGCCAAUCGAGAAAAGAAUGAUGGAAACAUUUGUAAUCCAAGCUUGUACUCUAUAUCUAAAUACACAAAGACGUCGUAUGUGUCAUCAUGUCAAACCUGCACUAUUGUUCCCGCUGCUCUCACAGUGGACCAGGUGUGAACACACUGAGGUAUCUGGAAAUCCUUGAAGAUUUUCAUAGCUUAAAUCAAUUUGGGUAAAAUUAUGUAUGGAUGUUUUAGGCCACGUUACCAGAUGACCUCUCCCUGAAGCAGCUAAUGUUGUUCCACCCGGUCCACUAAGUGUUUCAGAGAACCCUAGGUAUCAAGCAAAAUCUUUAAACCUCAUGUUUCAUGACGACAAGUUAAUGCUCUGUAGCGAAAUAAAAGGUCCUGGCUCACAAGAAGUUAUGUUUCAAUUAAAGUUCAGAUUGUAAAAGUUAACCGAGACAUUGAGUAUAACCAGCUAAUAUUCAGGAUAAUGUGUUUAAAUUGAUGACAUCUGAUGCAGCAAGACUCUUGAUGAUGUAAAACCAAAACAUAAAUGCUGUCGAAUCAGAGAAAGUGUAAGCACAGAAUACUAUGAGUGGCCUAAAAUCCACUGAAGUGCAGAGUAAGGUUUUAUAAUCUGUAAAUUAACCAAUCAAAAUGCUUUCUGCUCUUCGUCUGUCCUCUACUGUCGGCUGUUUUAUGAGAUUAUUUAUUAUUCUAAGUCUUAAUGUUCCUGCAAAUGCACAUAUCAUGCAUCAGAACUGAGAGGAAACUAAAGGUUAUUUUGAUUUUGUUCUCAUUGUAACCAUUUUUUUUUUUUAUCAUCCCAAUACUGUUUACUGACUUUUUAAUGUCAAUGCACUGGAAUCAAGAAGCGAAAAUAUGUCACAAAACCGCUGCUGUGAAGAGAAAAUAUCGUGUUUGUGUGAUCGUCUCGUUUGUGCUUCUCAUGAUCCGGUGGUAACUCGACUUGUGUCCUGUAAGCUCACUGAGUAUUUUCCAAAGAUGUUUGAUAUUUAGGGAUGAAGUUCAUGUUCAAGACUUUAAAUAUAGAUUUGAUUGAAUGGAUUCAAUCGUAGAGCUGACUAUCAAAAUAAGCUCGUCUACACUUUCGCAGACCACCAUCCGUUAAGGUACAUCAACAGCAGAUUUGACGCUGAAUGUGAGCCUGUUGGUACUUAGACUUUCAAGAACCAUAUCAGUGUUUUCCCGAGGUUUCAGCUCCUCGACUAUUCCUUUUUUUUUUUUGCCGUUUCAAAUGCAUGGUGUACAUUUUUUUUUUCUUUUUUUUUUUGAGGGUGCAUCAUUCCAGAGUUUCUGAGAAAAAUCUGUUUCCAGCUACUCGUUUGUCACUGAGCAGAUAAUUAAGGGGAAACAGCAGCUGGCUGAGCUGGUAGCAAAAAAGAACAAGCUUGUCACAUAUCCCUGCAAUCUUUAGUGGCUGAAACAUGCAGAUACAAAGUUAUAAGACAUAAUCAAAUGUGCAGCAUGUACAAUAAUGAUCUGAUCGGCUGAUGUAUGUGGCCAUUUAAAUGUGGCCAGUGGUCUAUUUUUCUGCUGCAGGAUGUUUAAACAGGCAUUGUCGUGUUUUCAGUGUCCAUAAAUGUAACCAUGUUAGUGUAUGACAUUAAAACAGCAGGUUUAUCAACG